GGCACCGCGGGCUCUACCUGCGGCCGGCGGCCCGCGCUCCGCUCCGGCUCCUCGGCGGCCGCGGGGCUGCGGAAAGGUACUGGCUCGGCGGGUGCUGCAUCCCAGCGGGAGAGGAACAGCCUCACGUCGCCUGUCUCAGGGUAAAAAUGAACGUAGGAGUUGCCCACAGCGAGGUAAAUCCGAACACUCGGGURAUGAACAGCCGUGGAAUGUGGCUGACAUACGCGCUGGGAGUCGGCAUGCUGCACAUUGUCCUGCUCAGCAUUCCCUUCUUCAGUGUCCCUGUGGCCUGGACUUUAACAAAUGUCAUUCACAACCUGGGAAUGUAUGUGUUUUUGCAUGCGGUAAAGGGAACUCCUUUUGAAACACCKGAUCAAGGGAAAGCCAGGUUACUAACACACUGGGAACAACUGGAUUAUGGAGUACAAUUCACAUCUUCAAGGAAGUUCUUCACAAUCUCUCCUAUAAUUCUGUACUUCCUGACGAGUUUCUAUACAAAGUAUGAUCCCACACACUUUAUCCUCAACACAGCCUCUCUCCUGACCGUGCUGAUCCCCAAACUGCCACAGUUGCAUGGUGUUCGAAUUUUUGGCAUCAAUAAAUACUAAGCAGAAGGUUCAAUGCUGGUCGCCCCUGACAUGGCUACUGCUAAUCCCCGGGUGAAGGAAACGAGUAGUCUGCUGUGCUGAGUAUCUCAUCGUAGUCAGGAAGAGAUGCUUUUACAUCUGAGAUACAAUUCCUGCUUCCUKCAGCAUUGUCUGGGAUGAAGAUCUCCUUUAUGAGAAGAUGCCUUCAAACACUUCAAUGUGGAUUGGAAACCUGUAGAAGGAAGAUUUCCAUGAAGAGCUGGGCAGGCCCAGCUCKAAAGCCAAAUCCCCACUAAGACUGUACGUGUGGCUGAUGGAAGUGGCUUKUAAGGAAGGUGCAAAUAACAGCUGAAAUGGAGAGCAGUGUUUCACAAAUGCCCAUCGUCCAUAAUGCAGGUGUUAACUUUMUGUAUAAAUCCAGGAUCCUCGAUGCCAAGGAGCAGUGAGACUGCAUUCUUAGAUUAAGUGAAAUUAGGUAGCUUCUGCUGUAUGGAUUGUAGGUGGUUGUGCUUGUUAUUGCAUUGUAAAAGUUUGKCUCACAGUACGUACUGUGACAGCGAGCAUAAAUUGAUGGUAUAAUUCCUGCCUUCUCUGUUCUUGUGAUUUAAAAAAAAAUAUUUUUUUGGUCACAAUGACUGAAGAAAGUCCUUAACUGCCAGCUCAGGRGAUUUCCACAUCAACUCCAUAGCUUGGUUUAUGUACACUUUUACAAGUUUCCACUGUUGUAUUAUUUCAUUUUGCUUGCCAGGAUACUGACUUUUCUAUGUGUAAAUGGGACAUCCUGAGUAAUUGCCUUUUUUUUUUAGGUGUGGACUUUAGACUGUUUUCUCUGAUAUUGACCAAUGGGUUAUUUUUCAGUAGCUGAGAGGYCUGUGAGGUGGUGGGGAAAGGGUUGCUGCUAUUGUAGAAGAAGCUGCUCUGUUACAGAGCAAGUGUCAGAACACAUAAAGGAAACUGUGUUAAGUUGUAAGAUAGAAGCUGAACUAGAAGUGAGUAGGCAAAUCACAUGGACUGGACUAACUAUGCUUUUGCAGAAAAUGGUAUAACUUGCAUGUCUUGGAAAUGUGGAGGAAUGCUGUGUUUUAGGGGUAUUGUGUAGCACGGGGUAAUCUUGUAUAUAAUCAGCUCUGGAAUUAGAGUGAAGGAGGUACAUCUACAGCUCUGAAGACUCUUUUCUGUCAUGGAAAAUGGAUGAAUUUUGAAGUCUUCUGUCUAUCUGCCAGCCAGAACCAGCUCAGAUUUAACAGAAGACUCCAUUUAAGACUUGAUUUACAUUUCGGUUGCAGUGACAGCCAGUGAGCUGGAAAAAAAAAUAAAAAAAAAAGACAAACCCA